AUGGGCUUCAUCCGUCCAGCAACUCCAGGCUUCCUGGUAACUCUCAUUGCGACUGGUCUUCUCGCAUUGGUCGUCUUCUCCGUUCCCUACAUCAAGUCCAUCUACUUUCUUAAAGGCUCUAUCAACGAAAACAACGUCCAUGGUUCUAUCACAUUUGGUGUCUUAGGUUAUUGCCUUCAGCUGCCUAAUGGUACUACAUGUUCAAAACCCUCUGUUGGAUAUGAGCUGAAUGUCAAUGAACUGCUGGGAGACAACACCUCCAUCCAAAUCCCCACCGUGCUCGUCAAAUGGAUCACGUAUGCUCUGGUUCUCCACAUCGUCGCCGUCAUCCUUUCCGCCAUCGCCGCAUUAUUCGGCCUGCUCGCCCACGUCCGUGAGAUGUCGAUGCAGUACUGCAGUAGCUUCAUCUCAGGCUUCGCAGGUAGCGUCGCGUUCUUUGCGUUUGUAUUCGACCUCGUCCUGUUCUUCGUCACCAAGUCCCGCAUCAAAGCCGUGUCAGGUACUGCCACGCUCGGUGCCGCCCUCUGGCUCACGCUUGCAUCCUUCCUGCUCCUCUUUUUCGCCGGCUGCUUCUACGGGUGCGGGCGCUGCUGCAUCAGAAACCGAGAGCCUCGUGAUAGGAGGAAAGCAUCAGAGCCAGACAACCGUUAUGGAGAGCAGAUGCGUCUCGACGCCGUGAAGGCCGAGGCGGACAGGAAGGCACGCCAGAAGCAGGGUGAGGUCGGGCUACCUGCAUUCCAGGAGCUCGAGCAGACACAGCCGCUGACGACGAGACUGUCUGAUGAAAUAUUCGUCGAGGACGGGGACCAUGUUGUCCCGUAUAGUCGGCAGCCUAGCCAGACGCGCAACCAGUAUCCCGGGGGGUACACCCAGGCGCCUGCAGGGUCAUCUGCUAUUGAUGCAUACUACAACCCGAACGUGUAUCCGCCUUCUCCACAGUCCCAACGGCAGCCGAGCACUCACGUACAAGGCCCAUCUGGCUAUGCGGCUUCGGCGUACUCGUACAAUGCAGCGGCUGCUCCGGUUGCUGCUGGUGCUGCGGCUGGUGCUGCGGCUCAGUACUUGUCUACUGCCCCCUAUAGCCAUAGCCAGCAACCAACCGCUGCGCUGGAGAAUUAUGGACACCAAGCUGGUGGUAGUUCACAUUACGCUGCAGGCGCGGCACACCAACAAUAUCCUUCGAACUACUCAGCACCACUGACAGACCCAUACUCCAACCAAUCCCACAUCACUCAGCAGCCUUAUGAUAACCUAUACGACAGCAGCGCCUACGUGGCUGCCGCCCCAAUGCCCUCCACAUCUCCUCCAAUCCCAGCCCCCAGCACCAACCCCUACUAUGGCCAGUCGGCGCAACUAGACCGGAGCUACACGCUCGGCGGGGGCGGGUACGCCAACAACGUCGUGCCCGACUAUGGCAAUACCGCCGCCGCCGACUCUCGAUACUACGGACUACAGGGCGCGUCCUCGUCACGACAUCUGUCGCCACCGCCGCGUGCCCCUCUCAACACUAGCUUGAACCCGCCGCCCGCGCAGAGGGCGACCAGCCCUCGAGGGCCGAGAUCACCCGUGCUAUAUGAGUCACCUAUCGAGGAGGUCCCACAGCAGGAGGUCCCGCAGACACAGCACUACACUGAUGCCCCGCCGAUGUAUGACGCUGCUACGGCGCAACCACCGGGCGCGUGGUCGUCGAAGCGGUGA